UAUGGCUGACGCGUGGAAUGCGGUUUCGUCAUGAGACGCGGGGCGGGGCUGCGCGCUGCUGAGAGCUUGUGAUGCCGCCGCUCGAGGUAAUGCGGGCAGUCCAGCGAGCGCUGCUCUGUGCGUUAGUGGCUGCAAGGAUACCUACUCGAACCAUGUGUGCGCAGGUAGAAGACUGGCAGAAUGCCAAAUCCAUUUACGAGUUCACAGCCAAGGACAUCGACGGCAACGAGGUUUCCUUGGAGAAGUACAGGGGCUACGUUUGCAUCAUCACAAACGUCGCCUCCAAGUGAGGAAAGACCCCUGUAAACUACACUCAGUUUGCGCAGAUGCACGCCGCGUACGCUGAGAGAGGUUUACGUAUCCUGGGCUUCCCAAGCAACCAGUUUGGGAAACAGGAGCCCGGGACGGAGGGGCAGAUCAAGGAGUUUGCCAAGUCCUACGACGCAGAGUUUGACCUGUUCAGCAAAAUCGACGUCAACGGUGAUAACGCUCACCCCCUGUGGAACUGGAUGAAGUCUCAGCCCAAGGGGAAAGGGACGCUGGGAAACAACAUUAAGUGGAAUUUCACCAAGUUUCUCAUUGACAGAGAGGGACAGGUUGUGAAGCGGUAUUCCCCAAUGGAUGAUCCAAGCGUGGUUGAAAAGGAUCUUCCCAAGUACCUGUAGGAGUCCUGUUUGAAUAACCAAAUCCUGCUGUGUCCUCCUCUCCUGUGCCCGGCUAGGAUUCUGUGUUUGGAACCCCAGGCGAGUGACGACCUGCCUGUAAACCCGUCUCUAACGGGGAGGGCAGGUCUGAUGAAACAAGGCGUGCAACCUUCUGGGAGGAAAUACAGAUGCCAAGCAGCACUGCGCGAGAGGAUGUGCUCGCAACAUCUUACUUCAGCAUCUUGCACUAAUUUCAUUAUGUAAUAAAUAUAUAUAGCCCGUUCAAAGACAUGUUCAUUUGUAAUGCACAAUAAAACUCAUUCACCAUUGUA